AAAAAAAGUCGUAGAGGUAUUAAAGUGUAAUUCUACUGGGUUGGGACUUAUAGCCCAAACCGAAGGCUUCUUAAGUUGCAAUUUUGUUAUUUUUGUUUUUGAAGCAUUGCAUUUUUUUCUUAUAUGCGUACUCAGAAACAGGGAAGAAAGCAUGAGUGUAACAGGAGGUUGUGGAAACCGGCACAAAUCUUUAUUCCUGAGCUCAAAUCUGAUUAAUAUUUCGAUGUCCCGUAUUUUAUAAUCACAGUCAAGCUUACUGCGCUACAACAAUAUCUAAUUGAAUGUGUGGACGAGAAGACGGCAGUAGCAGAAGAACAGGAGAAAGACAGAAACUGAAUUCGUCAUUGGCGAAUUACAUUGAUAUCUUUUCUGAAUUGGUGAGUUAUGAUAUAAUUAUAUAUUUAUGUGUUGAUAGAUACUGGUGGGUUAAUGAGAUUCAUAAAAUUCUGGGUGUAGGUUUUAGUUUAGGGAGUUUGAGUUUAAUUAGAAAAGGGUAGGUUUUGGCAAGUAAAGUUGGAUUAGAUUAGGAAACUGUAACUAUGUGUACAUAGGCCUAUAUAUAUCCCUGAUAUUGGCGUUAAGAUCAUCAAAAUAAAAAACCAAGAAGAGGAAGAUGAAGAGGUUGAAGAGAUGUGCUGUAAUUGAUCAAUUCUUAAAAUUACCUAGUCUGGAAAAUUUUGAUGUCCAACAUUCUGUGUGAGAUAUUAAGCAGAGUUCCAGCGAGGUCACUUGUCUGAUCAUGUAAGCUUGUAUGUAAACGUUGGCUAUCUUUGAUUCGAUCGCCACAAUUUGUUGAAUCACAUCGUAUCCAAUCAGAAACUCACCCAUCACUUAUUAUCAGAACUGUCAACCGUACCCAAAAAAAAAACCAAGUUUUUCUCAGUGGAAGGUUCAUCUGAAGAGGAUCAGUUAGCCAUUCUUAGUUUAACGACUUUUACGCGCGAGGAUAUGCUUAUAUCUUCAAAUGGUUUGUUCUGUCUCGUCGACUCACUGAAGGAUAGUACCCGCAUCUAUAACCCUAGCACCGGAGAAAUAUCACCUUCUAUCCAAAGAUCGCCUGGAGUUAGAGAUCGCAUGUUUGCAACUUAUGGAUUUGGAUUUGAUCCUUCCACUAAGAAGCACAAAGUAGUUCGUGCGUGGAGGAUUCCUAAGGCGAAAAUCGGCGUCGACGGUGAAAUCAUUAAUUGCGAAGUUUCAACUGUAGGUGAAGACAAUACAUGGAGAAAGGCUGAUUACGGCGUCAACGCUGUAAUCAGAGGAUCAUCUGUUAGUGUUAAUGGUUCAAUAUAUUGGAUGAAAGGUGGUUAUUUUCAGUCUGGGUUUGCAAAUUAUGAAAGCUUAGUUGCCUUUGAUGUGGGAAGUGAGAAGUUCAGAGAGAUUUCACUCCCUAAAUCUUUCCGUGCAUAUACUUUCAAAUUAUUAGAAGUGGAUGGAGGCAUCUCUGUAUUACAUAAACUGGAUGACUUUGAGGUAAACUUGUGGAUAUUCAAGGAUGAUAAAGAUAAUGGAAAAUGGAUUGAAGAGAUUAUAUCGAUGCCUUCCGAUUGGGAUGGAACCAAUCUAUAUCAAAGUGUUCAACAAAUUCCAGGUACAGACAUAAUCAUAUUUAAAGCGAAAGGAACUUAUGAUGCGCCACGACAUUUCAUAUCUUUAUAUCACUAUGACAGAAAGAUGAGGACAUUCAAGAAGGUUAAAAUCCUUGGUCUUCCUGCAAUGAUGAUGACUCCUCGUGAGAGCUUCUCAUUGCCGAAUAGUCUUGCUACAAGCCCCCCCAUAGACUAUGGCUUUUUCACAAUGAUUGAAAGCCUUUCUCCUGUUCAAAAGCAGCAACAAGGCUAGUUAUGACUAAUUUCGUGCUUUGAUAAAUUGCCUCCCUUGCUAGGGAGUUGCCAAUGGCCCCUGCGUGGGCAUUACUUUUCAUAUUUAAUUAGGUGUUGUUAAUUUCACUUUGUAACUGUAGUUUUGCAUUUUCACGUGCCUUUAAAGUGCAACUGAUGCCUCAUGGUUCUUUCAUCAGUGACUAAAGAAUUUGGAAUGAUAGUAGGCUGAGUUGGCCAACCUUUUGUUGCUGAUUAUUUAUAUUUUUGUAACAGAUUUCUCA